UAUAUACUAAAAAAAAAAAUAACAUUUUGUUCUCUUUCAAUGGAUUUUGAAGAUGAACAAACUUCUUCUUCUUCAUCUUCUUCCGAUCAUGAUUUUAAAGAAAAAAAUAUUGAUCAUUCAUCGUGUUCGAUGAAUAAUAAUAUACAAUUCAAGAGGAGGGCAGGGAGAAAAAAGUUUAAGGAAACUCGACAUCCAUUAUAUAGAGGAGUUAGGAGGAGAAAUGGAGAAAAAUGGGUGUGUGAAAUACGCGAGCCAAAUAAAAAAACAAGAAUUUGGCUAGGUACUUUCACUACUCCUGAAUUAGCAGCUAGGGCACACGAUGUUGCUGCCCUAGCUCUCCGGGGAAGUAAUGCUCUUCUUAACUUCCCCGGAUCAGCUUGGUCUCUACCUAAAGCUAAAUCUUCCUCCCCUCAAGACAUUCAAAUCGCGGUUCUCCAAGUUAAUGAAGAAUUGAUUGUGUCGUCCUCACCCUCAGAAGAACCUUCAUGUAAACCAAAAGAUGAUGAAGUGAAUUCUUUGAUGGAGUUUAUGGAUGAGGAGGCCAUGUUUAAUAUGCCAAUAUUUAUUGAUAGCAUGGCUGAGGGGAUGCUUUUGACUCCACCAGCUAUGAAAAGAGGCUUUAAUUGGGGUGAUGUUGAGGAAGAUGUUGAGUUCACUUUGUGGAAAGAUUGAAACUUUGAUCUUAUUUGUUUAUACUUAAUUAAGGCUUGAAUCUUAAUUAUUUAGAUUGUAGUUAUUAAGUGUGCAUUUGAAUGUUUAGGUCUGAAUAUUAAUCUUUUAAGAUCUUAA